AAGUGUUUUCAUGGACUGGUGUUGUUCUGGACAUUCAUUGGAGCUCUUUUGAAAUAAUAAACCAAGACUAUGAUGUCUACGCAGGAAGUCUUAAAUAGAUUUGAAGGCUCCGUCGAUAAAGAUGGAUUCCGUGCUCAACCAAAAGGCUUCGCCACCAAAGCCAUACACGUGGGUCAGGAUCCGGAACAGUGGAGUUGCAUGGCAGUUGUCCCACCGAUUUUGAUGAGUUCAACCUAUAAACAACAUGCUCCUGAUGAACAUACUGGAUUUAAAUACAGCCGCCUUCGGAAUCCUACCCGGGAUGUUCUGGAGCGCUGCCUGGCAUCGUUGGACAACGCCAAGUUCGGGCUGACAUUUUCGACCGGUCUUGGAGCGGUAACCGCACUCAUUACGAUGCUCAAGUCCGGUGACCACAUUGUCGCUGAGCGUGACCUGUACGGUGGCAGUUGCACAGCGUUUACGAAGAUAGCGUCGAAGAUGAACAUCUCCGUUGACUUUGUGGAUUUCACCGAUUUGGGGAAGGUUGAGGAAAUUGUCAAGCCGAAUACUAAGCUGUUUUGGGUGGAAUCCCCAACGAAUCCAUUGCUGAAGGUGGUCGAUAUUGAAGCUGUGUGUAAGAUUGCUCACAAGCUCCCAGAGGUUGUAGUAGUUGUGGACAACACCUUCCUAUCGCCGUACUUCCAGAGACCACUCGAACUGGGAGCAGACAUCGUGAUGUACUCACUGAGCAAGUACAUGAAUGGUCAUUCCGACGUGAUCAUGGGCGCAGCAAUCAUGAACGAUGAAACUCUGUACCAGAAGCUGCAGUUUCUUCAGAACGCCACCGGAAUCGUGCCAUCUCCGUUCGACUGCUACUUGUUGAACCGUGGCUUGAAGACCCUGGCCUUGCGCAUGGAACGUCACAGGACCAACGCGUUGGCCGUUGCCAAGUUCCUCGAAGGUCACCCAAAAGUGGACCGUGUCCUUCACCCCGGGUUGCCAUCACAUCCUCAGCACGCACUGUCCAAGAAGCAAACCUAUGGUCACAGUGGAAUGGUCGCCGUAUUUCUCAAGGGAGGACUAGACGAAGCCAGUGUGUUUUUGCAGUCGUUGCGAGUCUUCACGCUAGCCGAGAGCUUGGGUGGUGUUGAGAGUCUCGCCGGGUCCCCAUCGCGGAUGACGUUUGGAAGUUUUGCUCCGGAGGAACGAGCUGCGAUGGGCAUCGUUGAUGGGCUGAUCAGAUUGUCAGUUGGAGUUGAGGAUAUUGAUGAUCUGUUGGAAGACUUGCAGCAAGCACUUGAGAGUGUUUAGAGAAUAUAAUUUGGAUAACACAUCGAUGCUAUUUUAAAAGUUCUGGUUCAGGAAUAACUAGUCGUUGUUUAUGAUGUUUGCUUUUUUUGACUAAAAUGGUUCUUUUAUACAUAGUACCGUAAGCUAAAAACAACAAAAUGAUAAUGAAAAAUACGAAUGGAAUACAAACGGAGUGGUAUAGAACUAUACUGAGCUUGGUAUCCCAAGCAACACACCUAGUCAGAUAAACGUUUUUCCUGACUGGUUGUAUAACCGAUCGGCCUCGUUACCACAACUUGU